CCUUGGCCUUUAUCAGACGUCUUUUUUUUACCUCCUCCCUACCCUUCACCUUCACAAGAUUCCUCCACUUUAAACACCACCAGUUUAUCUCUUGAAAGUGAUCAUGUCUGCCGAUCUCAAGCCCCUCCGCAUUGUCAUGGCCUGCGAUGAGGCGGGUCAGCCCUACAAAGAGACCCUCAAAGCCGCCCUGGAAAAAAGUUCACUGGUCGACUCCAUCCUCGAUGUGGGCGUCAACUCCACCAGCGACAAGACUGCUUACCCUCAUCCUGCUGUCGCUGGCGCCAAACUCAUCAAGGAGGGCAAGGCAGACCGCGGGCUGUUCAUUUGCGGGACUGGUCUCGGUGUCGCUAUUUCUGCAAAUAAGGUGCCUGGAAUUCGUGCUGUGACGGCUCACGACUCCUUCUCCGUCGAGCGCUCUAUUCUCAGCAAUGAUGCUCAGGUUCUCUGCUUUGGCCAGCGCGUCAUUGGUAUCGAACUGGCCAAAAAGCUCGCCAACGAGUGGUUAACCUACCGCUUCGAUCCCAAGAGUGCCUCUGCCGAAAAGGUCCAAGCUAUUUCCGACUACGAAGCCCAGCUCUUCGGCGAAGCUGCUGCUGCUCAGUAGACGGCAUGGAUUGUCAACGAGUUCCAUAUACAUUCACGAUACAAUAAUUCGUCAAUCAACCAACUUGAAACUCCCUUCCUGCCUUUCAGGGAAUGGCAAUUAAUCUAGCCUUGUCUACGAUACCUUCCACACGCGAGACGAGCUGGUUGCGGACUGGAUCCCAGCCUAUUUGCGGAGUA